UCGUGUCAGUACCUUCUCCGUUGCGUGUGAGUCAGUUUCCGUCAAAUUUAUUUACCUAACAGUUUAACACUAACAUUAAAAAACAAUGGCUUUGAACAAGAAAGAAACGCAAAUGAUGCCUGCCUUAGCUGACCCGAUGUCUUUCGCAAAGGAUUUCUUAGCCGGUGGUGUUUCCGCUGCCGUAUCUAAGACAGCUGUCGCUCCCAUUGAACGUGUUAAAUUGUUGUUACAAGUACAACAUAUUUCCAAGCAAAUUGCACCAGAAGAUAGAUAUAAAGGCAUGGUGGACUGUUUUGUACGUAUUCCCAAGGAACAGGGAGUUACAGCUUAUUGGAGAGGAAACAUGGCCAACGUGAUUAGGUACUUCCCGACUCAAGCUUUGAACUUUGCAUUCAAGGACAAAUACAAGCAAGUCUUUUUGGGUGGUGUAGACAAAAACACACAAUUCUGGAGAUAUUUUGCCGGUAAUUUAGCAUCAGGUGGUGCAGCUGGUGCCACUUCCUUAUGCUUUGUAUACCCAUUGGAUUUCGCUAGGACCAGGUUAGCCGCUGAUGUUGGUAAAGCCGGAGCUGGUCGGGAGUUCAGCGGUCUUGGAGACUGUUUGUCCAAAGUCUUCAAAUCCGACGGAAUCACUGGAUUGUACAAAGGUUUUGGUGUAUCCGUUCAAGGAAUCAUCAUUUACAGAGCAUCAUACUUCGGCUGCUUCGACACCGCUAAGGGAAUGUUGCCAGACCCGAAAUCUGCUGGAUUCCUUUUAUCGUGGGCUAUCGCUCAGGUUGUAACAACUGUUGCUGGAAUUAUGUCCUAUCCCUUCGACACAGUCAGGAGGCGUAUGAUGAUGCAAAGUGGUCGUGCUAAGUCUGAAAUCGUUUACAAGAGCACACUCCACUGUUGGUCAGUAAUUGCAAAGACAGAAGGAGCUGGUGCUUUCUUCAAGGGAGCUUUUUCAAACGUUUUGAGAGGAACUGGCGGUGCCUUAGUAUUGGUGUUGUAUGAUGAAAUCAAAACCCUCCUCUAAGACAAAAAAAUUCCAAUUUAGUAACCAAUUGAUGGGUUAGUAUGUAAGAAAAUUAAACAGCCUAUUCCACCCAAUUUGCACAUACAUCUAUAGCAGAUUGGAGAAUUAAGAGGAUAUUAUAUUUGUAUCAUAAAAAUCAGACUUCAUUAUUGUUAUCGUGUAAAUAAAUGGAAAAUUGUUACCUAAUA